AUCCGGGCUAUGAUGAAUGGGAAGCUGAAGAUGCCCUUGUCAAGUCUUGGCUUAUUAAUUCCAUGACUGAUAAUCUGAUGUCGCACUUUGUUCAGUGUGGGACAUCUAAAGAAGUUUGGGAUGCGGCUAAGAGGAGCUAUCUUGAUGUUUCUGACUCUUCCCAAGUAUAUGAACUGAUGAAGAGGUCAUUUCAAUUGCGUUAGGGUGGUCGACCUCUCCCAGAAUAUUUCAAUGAGUUAAAUUCAAUUUUCAUGGAGCUUGAUUAUCGUAGCCCCAAUGACAUGACAUGUGCUGCUGAUAUUGAAAAACAAAGGAAGCGUAUUGCAGAGGAUCGCAUCUAUAUGUUUCUUGCAGGUCUUGAUCACAGUUUGGAUCAAGUUAGCAGUCGUGUUUUGGCUACCUCCCCUUUACCAAGCUUGGAAAAAACCUACUUUUUAGUUCGUCGUGAAGUGCAGAGACAAGUCACCAUGGGAACAGAAAAUCAUUUUGAGGCUUCAGCUCUAAUGAUCCAAAAGAGCACCUCUCAGGUGACUCCUUCUGUUCCUGUGAAUUCUACUGCUUCCAAUUCUCACUUCUGCACUCAUUGCAAUAGUACCAGGCAUACAGUAGAUGUUUGUUGGAAGAAGCAUGGCUAUUCGGAGUGGUAUAAACUUAAACAAGCUGAGAAGAAAAAUAAGAAAUAUACUCAGAUUGUUGUUCCUGACACUUCUCCACCUUCUGCUUCUCAUGUCUUUCAAGUGUCUCCUCAACAAGGUAAUUCUAGUCUGACAUAUGUUUCUACUGCUUCUAACACUUGGGUUAUUGAUUCAGGGGCUACUGACCAUAUGACUAGUAAUUCUUCUAUACUUUCCUCUCUAAUGUCUUCUUCACCUGUUAAGUCUGUACAGGUUGCUAAUGGGACUUCUAUGCUAAUUACAGGAGUUGGGAAUGUCUCAAUUUCUCCUACAUUCUCAAUGACAAAUGUACGAAGAUGACGAUUGGCAUUGGUAAGGAAAGAGGAGGCCUUUAUUACUUAGAGGGGGCUACGGAAUUUAAAUCUGAACCUAGCCAUGGUUUUCAAGUAGAAAGAGAGUCGUUUGAUAGAGAGAAGAUUCUUUUAUGGCAUUGUCGUUUGGGACAUCCAUCUUUUCCUUAUUUAGAGCGUUUAUUUCCUAAAUUGUUUCACAAUGUUGCUAUCUCUAGUCUAAGAUGUGAACAAUGCAUUUAUGCUAAAAACCAUCGUGUUCCUUUCAAAACCAGUUUCAAUAAGAGUUCUAUUCCUUUUUCAUGUGUUUA